AAAGAUCUCUCGCAGUAAAAACAUCGUCUCUUUUAGUCAAAAAAUUUUUAUUUUAGUUUUUUUUUAAUAAAUGGAUAAAUAAAUGAAAUUUACAUGAUUUACGUAGGAACUUAAUGUUUCUGUGGUAUUCGCUGAAUCUAGAAUUAAAGAAUAAAUAAACAAAAGUUUAGUAAAAAGAUAAAAAUGCAUUGGAUAGUGGCACUUGAAGGAGGCCCUCGUCGAGUAAAUCAUGCAUCUGUUUCCAUCGGCGAGUUCAUUUAUUCGUUCGGAGGUUAUUGUAGCUUUGAAAAUUAUCGAGUAAGUCGACCGAUUGAUAUUCAUGUAUUAAAUACAAACACAUUGAGAUGGUCAUUGAUGCCUAUGAAAGAUCAGAAAUAUCCACAGGUUCCUUUCCAAAGAUACGGGCAUACAGCGGUUGCAUAUGAAAAUAAAGUGUACAUAUUCGGCGGCAGGAACGAUGAAAUGGUUUGUGAUAUUUUAUUUUGUUAUGAUACAAGAACGAAUGAAUGGUCAACGCCGUCAGUGAGUGGGAAUCUCCCAGGUGCUCGAGAUGGUCAUUCAGCGUGUAUAAAGGAUCAUUAUAUGUAUAUAUUUGGUGGCUUUGAGGAAGCAAUUGAUCAAUUCUCAUGUGAUGUUCACUGUCUUAACCUUAAAACGAUGCAAUGGCAUUUUAUACAUACAUUAGGAACACCUCCAUCAUAUAGAGACUUUCACACAGCAACUGUGAUAAAUGAUCGAAUGUAUAUUUAUGGUGGACGAGGUGAUGUACAUUCACCUUAUCACUCGCAAGAGGAAAUUUACUGCCCAAAAAUUGUCUACCUGGAUUUGAGGACAAAUCAGUGGGUUAUGCCUGCAACGAUAGGAAAACAUCCAAUCGGAAGAAGGUCGCAUAGUGCAUUUGUCUAUAACGGACUUUUGUGGAUAUUUGGUGGCUUCAACGGUAUUCUCGAUCUUCACUUCAACGAUCUUCACUGUUUUGACCCAAUUAGGAAUAUUUGGCAAAAUAUCGAAACUCACGGAACUAAACCAAAAAUUAGGCGAAGACAAUCAUGUGUUGUCAUAGGAUCAAAAAUGUUUCUCUUUGGUGGAACAUGUCCGUCGAGUAAUUCAAGUAGCAACUCAUCAGCACCAGCUCUUCUGAUAGACUACAAUGACACACAUGUACUAGACUUUUCGCCUUCACUGAAGACUCUUAGCAUUUUGGCUGUUUUAAAAUAUAAUUUAGAUCAAUCUGAAUUACCUAGAGAAGUUAGAUUUGAAAUAAGAAUGAUGGUGCAGGAGAACGCAAUAAGUCGACCAUUAUCGAAUAUGGGAUAGCAAUCAACAUCUAUGUUCUCAAUCAUAAUCAACUUAACAUUUUUAAUGUUGAUAAAUUUAUUGUACAAUUUAUUCUGCAAAUGAAUUAAGCAAAAAAAAAAGUCUUACAAUGAAGAUGAUUCAUUGGAAGCUGACGCCAACAACCAAUUUACGUACAUUGUUAUCAGGGAAUGAAAUAAACAAAAAAAAAAUAGAAACAAAGCAAACUCAACAAAAUAUGAAGCAUACAAUCGUUUAAGGAAGAAAUAAAAUAUGUUGCAUCAUGUUGCGAAUUUGUAUAAACAAAAGUGUCAUUGACUUUUCAGCGAUUUUUAUUCUUACUAAACCUUUUUUUUUGUUGUUAUUUUCUUGAUAACACGGAGCUUAUCAGCUAAUUAAUUUUCAACAAUAGAAAAAUUGAGAUCGAUUGAGAUUUGUUUUGAUGAUUAUUAAUAACUUGAGUUAUUGAUAAGAUUUUUCGCAUUGAGCAAUUUUAUGCAAUCUUUCA